UGACUAUAAAUAACACACAUUACUGCUUCAUCUCUCUCUCAUACCUCUCCCUAUAUCUAUCUCCCUUGCCAGGCGGCGUUUUUCUUACAAGAACCUGACAAGAGAAGAAGAAACAGAGAGAGAGUUUUGCUUAUUUUACCGUUCUACCCUCACAACUGAAAACAGCAAAUACGGUUUAUUUUCUUCUUCUUGUGUGCCUUUCAAGAGAAAAAAAAACAAGACUCGUCGUCCUCGCAGAGAACAAAUGAUCGAGACUGGAAGGUACCUUAUCGGUGUCGCCGGUGCUAGCGGCUUCGGCUCGAAGUCCACCGCCGAUGAGGUAACGGAGAACUGUGACCUUCGUUCCACAACAGCCAUAAUCACCGGUGCGACGUCAGGGAUCGGAGCGGAGACGGCGAGAGUGCUGGCCAAACGAGGAGCGAGGCUUGUUUUUCCGGCGAGGAACGUGAAAGCGGCGGAAGAAGCUAAAGGAAGGAUCGUAUCUGAGUUUCCUGAGGCGGAGAUUGUCGUCAUGGAGCUUGAUCUCAGCUCUAUCUCCUCCGUACGGAGCUUCGUCGCCGGGUUCGAAUCUCUCCAUCUACCUCUUAAUCUUCUCAUAAACAACGCAGGCAGAUUAGCACAUGAACAUGCAAUAUCCGAAGACGGGAUCGAGAUGACAUUUGCCACUAAUUAUCUAGGCCAUUUUCUAUUGACGAAUCUGCUACUGAAGAAGAUGAUUCAAACGGCAGAGGAAACAGGAGUUCAAGGGAGGAUUGUUAACGUUACAUCCGGUAUUCACGGCUGGUUUUCUGGCGAUUUGAUCGAAUAUCUCCGGCAGAUAUCCCAACCAAAGUGUCAAUUCGAUGCGACACGUGCGUAUGCUCUCUCGAAGCUUGCCAACGUUUUGCAUACCAAGGAGCUCUCUUCUAGACUCCAGAAAAUUGGAGCAAACGUGACGGUAAACUGCGUACACCCAGGGGUUGUAAAAACCCGGUUAACAAGAGACCGGGAAGGCUUAUUGACAGAUCUCGUCUUCUUCCUGACUUCCAAGCUCCUUAAGACCGUCCCUCAAGCAGCAGCAACGACGUGUUACGUGGCAACAAAUCCAAGGUUGAUGAACGUUUCGGGAAAGUACUUUACGGAUUGCAAUGAAACCACACCAUCUGGACUCGGAUCUAACUCCUCCGAAGCUAGUAAGCUAUGGGCUGCGUCUGAGAUUCUGGUAACUCAACAUUCCAAGACCGGGUUCGACCCACUUAGCUAAAGAAAACAUUAGUAACUAUAUACCUCUAGGAAAAAUAUAUACACACAUCUAAGUACCUGAGAACAUAAACAUAUUAUGAAGUUUAGUUAAAUCCCCCGAAGUUAUACUUUAUUCAAGAGUCUUAUAAACUUAACAUAUAGAUGAUUUAUACAAGUUAUAUUUCUAUAGUACCAAUGCGCGCGAAGUUGAUGUACAUUUAUAUAUUGGUUUAUACUAAGUUAUUUAUAUAUAAUAAUAAUUUUUUGUUUUCUUUUUCAUAUUCUUCAUUGAUCAAUAAAGGAGGAAGAGAUUAAGUACAUACGAUGUAAAGCUCAACUUGGACUAUUAUAUUAAACUUAGAAUAUUAAAAGUUUAAGUGGGAAAUCAUAAUGUCAAUCAUUAGUUUCGAAAGUGCUCCGAAAUUUUGCUCGUCUUUUGAUAAUUCUUGUGAUUAACUCAUUUGGACUGAUGCAAGAAAUCUUUCUAUCUCUCUCACUUUCUUAGUAAUUUUUUCUUAAAUAAUCUUUUUGACAUUGACUAUCCAUAUGUCCAUGUGAGAGGUUAUUAGAAAAAGAAGUCCUGGCUUUCCAUCACUGUUUUGGUAUUACGUGUUGUGCUAUUUGGAUGUUGAUUUUAUAAUAAUGCGUAUUGCACUUUGCA